AUGGCGAAAACCCCUCUCAGAAAUCUGCUUUCACUCAUCCACAAUCGCUUCCUUCAAACAAACCCAACCCCUUCUCCCAUUCCAAAUCCGCCCCCUUUAAACCCCAAACGCCGCAAAAUACCCCAAAACGCCGACCCGGAAUCCGCGCCCUUCUUCAACUUUUUGAAAUCCUACGGAUUCAACAAUACCCAAAUCGCCAAAGUGGUCAAACAACGCCCUGCGUUCUUGCAUUCCAGAUUCAACAAAUGGAUGAAGCCGAAGCUCGAAUAUUUUAUGGAAAAGGGUUUUGAAGGUAAGCUGCUGCCUCAAUUUGUCGCCUCGAAUCCUUUAAUUCUUUCUCGAAGCUUGGAAUCUCAGAUUAAGCCGUCCCUUGGGAUUUUAUCCCAAUUUUUGAAAGAUGAUGAAUUGUUGCUUGCUAUUAAACGAUCCUCUUCAUGGCUAUUUACUUCCAAUCUGAAUGCUGUUAUUCGACCAAAUAUUGAUUUUCUGAUUAAUGAAGGGGUUUCGGUUGAUAGGAUAUCGAGAUUGUUGGUUUUUCAACCUAGGGUUAUCUUGCAAAGCCAUGCUCGAAUGGUUUACGCUGUUAAAUUGGCUAAAGAAGCCGGGCAACCUAGGUUUAUACAUGCUCUUAGGGUUAUUUGUUCGGUGAGCGAGAGUAAUUGGAAGAAAAAAGUCGAAGCGUUUAUGAGCGUGGGAUGGACUAAGGAGGAAGUUUUUAAUACUUUAAGGAAAGACCCUAUUUGUUUAGCUUGUUCCGAGAGGAAACUAAGGUAUUUGAUGGAUUUUUAUGUGAAAACGAUGAAGUUGGACGCCAAAACGAUCAUAUCGUACCCGAAAUUGAUUCUGUAUUCUACUGAUAAAAGGAUUCUGGCAAGGUAUGAAGUUUUGAAGGUUUUGAAGUCAAUGAAACUGAUCAAAGAAAAUAAGAAGAUUGUUUGGGUCUUUACUUUGUCGGAAAAGAAAUUUAAGGAGGAAUAUAUAACUAAGAACAAGGACAAAGUUCCGGGUUUGUUUAGUAUGUAUCAGCAGGCUGUUAAGAAAAGAAAAACAAGAAAGGAAAAGAAUGAAACAAUUGAUCUGAAAACUGCAAGUUUGACUUUGUAG